AUGAUCUUCCCGAACAAGGGAAAAUCGCGUCAGCGCGACGCGAGACACUUUGAGCACAGCAACUUGGAGCGAUGGUCGUUGAGACCGAGCUUGGUGCGAAGGGGUAGACCCGCGCACAUAUAUUCAGACAACGGGACCACCUUCGUGUGCACGCAUAAACAAAUUCAAGAAUUAUACAUGUACAAUGAUCCACAAGUCCAGUUCGAGAAAAUCAAAAAUUUUCUUCGCAAAUUAAAAAUCUCUUGGAGCUUCAUUCCGCCUAAUGCACCUCAUUUUGGAGAUUUAUGGGAGGCAGCCGUAAAAUCUACAAAAUAUCACAUGACUCGGAUCGUGGGCAAGGCUCAUUUGAUCUUUGAGGAAAUGCAAACGACCCUCUGUGAAAUUGAGGCGAUCCUCAAUUCGCGUCCCCUAUUACCAUUAAGCGCCGACCCUAACGACCUAGCGUAUCUAAGUCCGAGACAUUUCUUGGUUGGCACGACUUUAAAUGGUCUUGCGUUGACUUGA